AUGGCCAUGUUACUUAAAUCAGAGUGUUUUUCCUUUAGAACUCCGCCAGGUGAUUUCCAGAACACUUGUAUGCCUUUUGUAAGAUCUGACUUUGGUGUUGCCCCAGGAUGCCCUCCAGAAUAUAGAAAUCAAAUAAAUCAGAGGACGUCGUUUCUUGAUCUGUCUGUGACGUAUGGAAACACGCUUAAUGGACAAAAUGACUUACGAGAAUUGGGAACAGGCAGACUUCAAGAAGGCAUUAACAGACUUCUGCCUACUGGUCCUUUUGGUUGUGUAUCAGGGGACGAGUGUUUCAAAUCUGGGGACACCAGAUCAGCACAAAAUCCAAUGCUGACAGUCGUACAUACUGCAUUUCUGCGUGAGCAUAACAAUAUUGUUGAAAGGUUGAGAGCAGCUGGGUGGACUAAUGGAGAAGAACUGUACCAGGAAGCAAAAAAAAUUCUCACAGGAAUUUAUCAGCACAUUAUUUACACUGAAUAUCUUCCUUUAGUACUUGGGAAAGAAGGUAUGAACUUUUUUGGGCUACGAUGUAAUCGAUUUGGAUUUAAUACAUUGUAUAAUCCUUUUGCAAAUCCAUCUACGAGAAAUGCAUUUGCAGCCGCAGCAUAUCGAUUUGGCCAUUCUCUUGUUGGUUCUUUUGUUGAAUCGUUUAACGAAGACUUCACACCACGCGCCAGGGAACCUAUGGAAAACCAUUUCUUCAGGACGCGUUUAAUAAGAGACUUUACUACAUUUGGUCCAGAUGCAAUAGCCAGAUGGAUGACAACACAGUUCAAGAGCAGAACAGAUCGUUAUCUGACUCCAGCAGUAAGGGACAGACUAUUUCAAACAAUGCCAGGAAACGGAUUUGACCUUGGUUCACUUAACAUACAACGUGGUAGAGACCAUGGCAUUCCAUCAUAUAACAGAUGGCGACAGUUCUGUGGGUUACAGCCUGCUUUACAUUUUGGAUCAGGACACUUAGGUUUAACCAACCAUCAUGUUUCGGCUGCAAAAGCAUUAGCUUCCGUCUACAGCCACCCUGAUGAUAUCGAUUUAUUUGCUGGUGGACUGUCAGAGACACCAGUAGCAGGUGCCCUGGUGGGACCAACAUUCAGAUGUAUAAUUGGACUUCAGUUCAUGUUAUAUAAGACAGGUGACCGGUUUUUUUAUGAGAACGAAUUCGUUCCCACAGGUUUCACUGCUGCUCAAUUGGAACAGAUUAAAAGACAGUCUUUGUCGGCACUUUAUUGUAGGACUCUGGAUGUGAAUUCAAUGCCUGCAAAUCCGUUUGUGUCUCCGUUAACUGGAGCUCCACGUAUACCUUGUCAAAACUUUCCUAGAUUGAGUUUAAGACCAUGGAGUAGAAUAAACAAUUCCGGUUAUCCCAGAAGGAGUGGUAGACGAAACAGAAGUUGGAAGAAAAAAAACUCUUAUUAAAAGGUGCCAAAAUAAUUUUUGCUUA